AAAGCUUUGAAUGAAAAUGUCCGCGGGGUUAUUUUGCUCUACAUUCAGCGGAUAAUUGAACCAAUUAGGAAUAUGUCUGGAGAUGGAAACCGUCUGAGAAAUGAAUCGACUCGAGUAUUUAAUCUGACCGCUGAAACACACGUCUUUUUGUCACAUUCGAGGAUAAUAAAAAUAGAAUAUCACAGGUCAUAUAAGUACUGGCUGAAGUGGACAGUACCCAUGUCUAUACGACGUUCCUCCAGAUUGAAAAGCACCCACAACAGUCCUACGAGGGACAGAUACAAUCCAAAACCUCGGCUUAGAACCCGGAGGGGAAGGUCAUCAUUGAAGGAAACCGAUUCAAAUGAGAGCAAGGACUGUGACAUCAUCGACCUCAUCAACAAGAACCCAAAUAAAAGCCACGUUCCCGAACACAAAACCUCAACAGAGGCUGUUGGCUUUCUCAGUUAUGGACUGGAUGAGUCAAACGAUGAGAGCGACUCUGAAAGCAGCAGCAUAGCUUCUGGUCCUUCCACUUUAUGUUACGACAAUCGAGAGGAGCUUUACUGCCAUCUUUGCUCUCCUUGCCAUAAGCUCUACGAAAAGGCCAAAAGGUUGAAGGAGCCAGUCAAAAACAAACUCCUCAAUAACGAUCCAGAGUCUCUGGACUGUGACCAGUGGGUGCUGCUGAAAAGAUGGACGCCGGGAAGACGACCUAAUGCCAAACGGAAGCUUUUGAGUCAUGUUCAGCUUGAUGGAAUCGACGUGCCAAGGCCGAAGCACUCAUCGCCGUGUUCGAGGCAACACACCUUCCUCCGAAGGAACCUGAGGCAGUCCAAACUUUUGGCCAAAAGAAAUAGGAAGAAAAGGAGGAGGAGUAGUAACUCCCAGGGCCCCCGCGUCUUUAAGCAACAGCGCCUCCAAAACGGGCAAGACGCAGAGUUGAAAGAUUUGGGUGAAACCCUAAACAGCUCAUUUAGCAGCUGCAGCAACCUCCAAGAUUUCAGCAGUCCAGAAACGCAGAGUCAGGACAGAAUCGAUGAGACCAGAGCAUCGGCAGAGAUCCAAAAUCAGGAGAGGCCACCAAAGAGGGCUGAAUUCAGAAAGCUUCUGGCUCAGCUGCAGAGAAACAGUAGUGUCAUCAUCAAAGAAACAUGCUGCCAAGACCGUUGAGUUGUUCACUGUCAGCCAAUCAUAGCGUUGCUUCAAACUAGUUUGCUGCUGUUCACACGGAUUCUGUUUCUGUUGGGUUUCCCUAAUAUAAUGUUGCAGUUGCAUGCUUGUUAAUGUUGCCCCGUUUAUAUAUUUUUUGCAGUUUUAUUUUUAUGAUGUUUUCUUUCCAGUAAGUAUUCUUUUAGAUUGACCUUUUUAUGCAUCCUAACAACUGUAAAUAAAUGUAUUUAAACUUGGCCCUGACUACAGUUCUUUAACAAGUUUUCACUUGCCUCGAUAUACAGUUUAAAUACAAAACCUGUCACACUUAUUUCUGUAAAAAAGAGCAUAUUAUCUCAAUCAAAAUGUUUAAUAAGGAUGCAUUGAUGCAAGUGGAGAAAGAAAUAUACCUUGUUAAAUGAUUGGUGGUGAGAAUUUAGACACUGCUGCUUUUAAUGUGUUG